CGUAGAGGUGAAAUAUAAAUGAAGGAUAUAUAAAACUAGAACAGAGAUGUCAGAAUUUAUAGAAAUCGGAUUAAUUCUGCUUGUUUUAUCAACAACAGCUGACGGUCAGGUCUGUUCCGGAACAAGAUGUGGACAAUGUUUAAUCUUCGAUGGAUGUGCUUGGUGUAAAGAUCCAGAUUAUGUCUUCAAUCGGUGUGCAGCGGAGAGCCAGUUGUCUCUUGAUGGUUGUAGGCAAAUUGUCAAGAGGAAAACGCACAGUGUACAGAUCUUACAGAACAAUGACUUCUCAGAUGGUGGUCCUACGGAAGAACCGGUACAAAUUAAACCACAAAGGAUGAAAAUAACACUUGUUCCAAAUGAAAGUUUACGUGACGUAAUGGUGUUCUACAAGAUUGCCAAAAAUUUUCCUCUUGAUCUGUAUUUUCUAAACGACCCAUCGUAUACGAUGAGAGAACUAGUUGCAAGCCUUCGUCGAUUGGCCACAAACAUAGCUGAUGACAUCGCUACAAUAACGACAGAUUUUAGAUUUGGACUUGGCACAGCGAUGGAUAAAGUCAUAGAUCCUUUCACUCUACAAGAUCCUAAAAGUCGAUUGAAUCCUUGUGGAUCCCUUUACUGUGACAAACCAUAUUCUUUUAUACAUCGGCUCUCACUAACCAAUAAUGUAAACGAGUUUACGGAUGCUUUAAGUCGUGUGAAUACUACAGCAAAUCAAGAUAUUGUAGAGGGCUUGUUUGAUGGGCUUAUGCAAGUCAUGGUGUGUGGGAAUAGAAUAGGUUGGAGAAGUAAAGCUAGACGGAUGGUUCUGUAUGCUACAGACAUAAAUUUCCACCACGCUGGAGAUGGCAGGGUUGCUGGAAUUUUGGAACCAAACGAUUGUUUAUGUCACUUAGAUGGCAGUGGCAAAUAUACGAAGGCAGAAAUACAGGACUACCCUUCAGUUGGACAAAUCGUUCAGAAGGCUCGGGAGAACAACAUCAAUAUUAUAUUUGUAAUCGGUGGUGCUGACAAUCAAAUCAUAAGAAACUUGUAUUAUGAUCAACUUACGGCCAUUUUACCCGGGGGUGUCACUAAUGCUUCGGCCUUAUCCACAGAUGCUUCAAACAUUCUGAACAUUGUCAGGGAAAACUACAGGCGCCUUCGUGAGACAGUGAAAUUAAUUACUAGUGGUGUUCCAGAAGAAAUUACUCUAGAUGUAUAUACAAACUGCAGGACCGGAGGACGUACCCUAGAUAAAACAAACAUUUGCACAGGAUUGAAUAUCGACAUUUGGACAAAUUUUACGCUGUUCAUAAAGUCUCACUUCACGGUUUGCCCUGACAAGAGGAAAGUGAAUUUCACAGUUUUCCCCGAGGGCCUGGAGGAGCGUGUUCAGAUAGAAGUUGAACACGUGUGUGACUGCGACUGUCAACUAGAACCGAAAGCGGAACGAAACAGCACUAAAUGUAAUAGCAGAGGUACAUACGAGUGUGGCAUAUGUCACUGCGACACGGGGUGGUCAGGCAAGAACUGUGAAUGUGAUGAGAGGGGCACAGUAAUGGACGCUUGCGGGACUGAUAUGGGAAUUUGCAGUAAUGCGGGUAAUUGUACCUGCCGGAAGUGUUCUUGUUUUGAGGGAUACAGCGGUGACAGGUGCGAGUGUAAUGACCGGAAUUGCCCCUCAUACAAUGGCUUACUCUGCGGAGGAAAUGAACGGGGCCAAUGUUCCUGUGGAGAAUGCAUUUGUGACGUGAAAUACAAUGGUAGCUCUUGUGAAUGUCCAAUAUCUACUGAAGCUUGCAAGGAUAAUAAUGGAACUCUUUGUUCUGUUUUCGGUGUGACGUCUCUCUACAGUGGGGCGAUUUGUGAACGAUGUCAGCACUGUCCAGGAACAUGUGGGAACAACAAAAAUUGUGUAGAGUGUGUGGGCUUCAACCAGGGUCUCUUCAAUGAAACUAUUUGUCUCCAAAGAUGCCAGAAUGUAGAAGUUGUUUCUGAUCUAGAGGAAACGGUAACAGCUGACAAUGAAACUACACUCACAGCCUGUGUUAUACAAGACAAAGAUGCCUGCGUUAUCAGCUUUAACGUUUACAACUCUCCCGACAGACAAUUUAUAGAAGUAAAAUCUACCAAACGCUGUCCCUUGGGACCACCCAAUCCUGUUACUAUUGGAGCCAGUGUCUCCGGCGCCAUCUUCCUCGUGGGGCUGAUACUGAUCCUUAUUUGGAAGCUCCUUACUAUGUUAUAUGAUAAACUGGAGUAUAGCAAAUUUGAAUCAGAAAUUCAGAACCCAAUAUGGGAGAAGUCGGACAAUCCUAUUUACAAAGAGUGUGUUACAACAGUACAGAAUCCUGUCCACGAAGCGAACAUUAUCCUGGAAGAUGGACCUAAGCUUAAAGAAUAAUAGUGGAUUUGAUGAGUGAUGUUCUCAAAAAAAAAAAUCACAACUGAGCCAAAACAAUUGAUUACUUUUUUUGCUUUCGUUUGGCAACCAUUUACACACAUGUGUAAUUUGCUCUUAGAGUUUAUUUACUCAGAUGAAAAAUGUUACAUUUUGAUAAGAGUUAUGAAUGAAGUAUUUUUAAAGAUACAAAUUAUCGACAAAUGUUAGGUGAAUGAGAACAAAAGAGAGUCAUAAUAAAUUAAUUCAAAUUAUG